ACACAUUUGAAAAUCCAGGUGAGACUGAGAUACUGAACACUACACAAAUUAUCAAUCAAAUAUCUCAGGAAACCAACUUGAAUUUUGAACAGUGCAUACCCUUAGAGAAGAGUCAGUCACAUGCCUUGGGAAAAGUUGAAGAAGUAUGUUCUUUUAACCACAGUACUGGACCAGCCCUAUGCCCCAUGCUAAAUCCACCUCAUAAUUUUGGAGACAAAGUAGGUGGAACAAGCUACAAUACAUCUGAUAAAUGUGUGAAACAUCAACCAAAUGCAACAGACAUUCAGUUACAAGUUGUAAAUGAAUAUUGCACUGAAAGAAUGCCCCUAACACAGAUAGAUGAAUCUAAACUUUACAAAAUGCCAAAAAACUCAGCAAUGAACACCACAUUCAUAGUGUUAAAGGACACAAGUGAUGAUUCUAAAUUUGGAUCUGAGGUUGACAGUUGGAUGACUGAUGUAAAGGAGCUUGUAACCCAACCAGGAACAUCUGUGCAAGGAAAUGUAAACGAUGAAACCUUUUUGGUUUCCAGUCCAUCACUUCAUGAACAUAACUUCUCUUCAAAUACAUCGACUCCUUUGCCAGAGUCCAGGAAAAUCAUUUUCUUCAGCUCGCCGCUUCAGAAUCCAGCAGGUUUAACUGACAGUGAAAACUGUUGCACACCUCCAGUGGAAGAGACCCCACCUGACAUGAUUCUGCAUCCAGGUGCAAGGAGUUCUGUGCAGAAAUCUGGCUCCAGAAUGAAAUGCAACACCAAUGUCAAUUCAAAAUUAUCAAAAGUAGAAAUCAAAUCCUAUCCGAAACCUAAUUUUAAUAAUGUUAAACCCAAAGUUGUAUCUCGAGCUCAGCAAAUGUCAUCAGUAUCAAAAAGCCAUGUAUCUCCUGUGGCAGGAGUUUCAUCAAAACAUUUUCCAAGGUGCAGUAGUUCCAUCUCAUCUAUUGAGUCUCCGUGUGCUCUAUCUCCUGCACCAAAACACAGAAAGGAACAACUUUCACAGUCAGCAUUGAAGCCAAAAUCUGACAAUGUACAAUUCCAGAAGGCGGUGUUUAGGAAGAGAAUUUAUGCAAGUGAGCAGCAGACUUCUGGGAUUACAGUGAAGAGAAACUCCAAAUCCAGUCGCAGUAUCAGCCCUCAAGCCAGAGUAUCUUUAACAUCUACUUUUGUCGGUGGAACUGAAAGUCACGGAUAUGGCUCGCUGCACAUGGCCAAGGCAUGGCCCCCUUCUGUGGGAGCUAACGCAUGUGAGCUUAAAACCCGUCACUCUGGAGUAGAAGAUAUCAGUCUGCCAAGACCAGUGAUUCCAAGUGUUAAACCAAGGCCACGUUGUGGCAGUUCGGCAGGUGACACAGAUGAUCACCUGCUUCGGAGUAAUAGUCCAGCAGCUGCUGCUUGUGAAGAAGUUCACACCAAUCAAGCUGCUUUAACAAAAUCAUCACCCAGCAUCACUAGAGUUCAAGUUGGACGGAAGCCAUGCCUUGGUGGUAGUACUAAGAGCCAGACUGUGCCGUCUCCCUCUGUGAAGUUGAGAACACUGUCUUCUGCAACCAAAUUGCAACCAGGUCAUGUGAGCCAUGAUGGUCGUGCUGGAAAUAUGCAUAGUUCAAAAAGUAAACAGCCGUUGAUCUCUGAUCAACAAAAAGCAAACUCUAUUAAAGCAAAGCCAAGAUCUGCAUCAUUGAAAGCUGCUUUGAACUGGGGAGGUAAUGCAAUAAAAAGCACGCCUGGUUCCAAAUUGCCUAUACCAGCUUCUAGGUUGCAAAGAGUCGACAGCCUGUCAUCAGUCAGCAGUGGUGUGUCAAAUCAGAGUGUUCCAAGUACUUGGAGUAAUAAUUCUGUCGUUACUUCAACAAACCGUCAAGCAGAUAGUCCUCGGAAACGUGCGCUCUCUGCAAACUCUUGCAGAAGUAUUCAAGCACCAUGUGCCAAGUCAUUGCAGAAAACUAGAGUGGUUUCUUUGAAGACCCCAUGCAAAGGAUUGAAUAGAAAUGUCAUCACUUCAAAUCAAAUCCUUCAAGGGUCAGGUUCAAAGUCUUCAAAACAGCAAAGCACUUCACGCAAGUUGCAAGCUGACAAAACUUGGGUGAAAUCAAACUCUUCCACACAGAAGCCAAGUUCCCCAAUGACUCGUGUGUCAACUCGGGCUCCACCAGAAUCCCUUGGGUUACCUCACUACAAAGCUAAAUGUGAGAAACAGAUUGCGUGGAUUACAUGGUUGAAAGAACUAUUGAAAGCAAAUAACCAAAGAUUUGAAGCUGUUGCAGUAGUAGUUCAGUAUCUUCAAACCCAGCGGGAGGAAGUAAGCAAACAACACAAGGAACUGUCUCAGGAGCUGCUUACUCUGCGCAGUGAGCUAGAGACCAGGAACGUGACGUUGGUUCAGUUGGAGAAGGAUCGGGAGGAACUACGAAACAGAUACGAAGGAGUAAUUCAAACGCUAUCUGAAGAGCACCAGACUGAACUUAAAGAAUUAGAAAAAAGACUUGAGGAGCUCUUCACUGCAGAGAAGGAGCACCUACAGCAAAGCUUUGAGAAUGAUGUCAAGCAGUUGCAAGCACAGCUUCAAAAGGAGAUUGAAGGGGUAACCUCUAAACAUGAUGCCCAUAAACUGGAGCUUAUUGCAACUCACUCAAAAAACCUGGAGUGUCUUCAGAAAGAAUAUCAACAGUCUCUAACAGAGCUCAACAGAUCACAUGAACUGGAUCUGAAGACACUUGAUGAGAGCUUUAAAGAAAGACAAUCACUAUUGCAGGGCCAAAUUGAAAAACUGAUUGAGGAAAAUGAUUCUCUACAGAAAGAAAUUCAAAAUAAGGAGGAAAUCCUCAAAGCACAAACACCGAAGGAAAAAAAAAUUGACCCCCUGAGUCUAUACCUGCAGCAAGAACUGGACAGUUUAAAGGCAGUACUGGAAAUAAAAAAUGAGAAGAUACAUAAUCAAGAGAAAAAGCUGAUGCAGAUGGAAAAGCUGAUGGAGAAACAUACUGUGCUAGAUGAAAAGCUUAAAAUUGUGAUGCAAGAAAAUGAAGACUUAAAAGCUCGAAUGGAUAAACACAUCGCUGUGUCUCGGCAACUCUCGACUGAACAGGUUGUUUUACAAGAAUCACUACAGAAAGAAUCAAAAGUGAACAAGCGCUUAUCUAUGGAAAAUGAAGAACUUCUGUGGAAGCUACAUAAUGGCGAUGUUCUUGGUCUUAAGAAGUUGUCACCAACAUCCCCUUUAUCCUUUCAGCCUUCCAAAGCCCCAGGGUCGUCCUCAUCUAGCCCUACAUCAUCACCAAGGUGACACUCCCAAAUGAAUAACACUCAAAAUGACUUUGAGAUCGCUGGCUAUAAUGACAAACAAGGGCUACUGGAUGUUGACCAUGACAUACAAACUAUUGUCCUAAUUAUAUGGGUUGAGAACACUUCCUUUGAGUGUUUCUAAUUGUAUAUGAGACUCUGUAUAUAGAAUAUGUUGCACAACAGCACUUAAUUAACACAGCAAGAAUCUUGCUUUCGCCUUUUUGCCUAUUACAAGUAAACUCAGGGCAAGUAGAUUAUAUUUGACAAAUUGAGUUUUCCUCAUUGAUUUUUGAAAAGGAUUUUUAUUUUGUGAAUUGAGUGAUUAAAAUCAAACUGAAGUAUUGGGGUUGCCUUCCCUAUUCGCAAGCAAAUUGCUGCUAGAGUCUUUUCCCAGAAAAUAGAAUGAGGACUAAUGUUGCUGUCUGAAGUUGCACAACAUAUGGCAUAAACUAAGUAGGCCAAAUCUAUCUAAAUAUUCUCAUCUCCAUGCUUUGUUCAAUGUGUCAGAGGAUCUCUGUGCAGAAUUUGGUCCUUGAUUAGUGUUAGGUUUAUGCAGGUGCCUGUAUCUAUAAAUGUUUGAUCUCUCACAAGCUGAGAAAAUGUAGCGCCAUGGAGUUAACUGUUUUUAUCUUAAGAACACUCUGUUGUCAAUCUAAGCACUUGAGCAAUAUGGAAGUUUUGCAUUUAACUAGUAGUGCAAGUGGAGCACUUGUAUCCCAAGACCACAGAGAGAGCUCACGCUAUGGGGAAAAAAAUUGGAUUUUUUAGCAUAAUGAGCGAAUCUGCUUGACCACAAAGUAGAUAUUCCAUUUUUUUUUGUGUUCAGAUGGUCCUUCAGUUGCUUUUUGAAUAUUUUUCUGCAAAGAUACAUGCUGGUUAUGAAGAUUACAACUCUAAAUAUUCAUUUGGUCACAAGUUCUUGGCUUCAGUUACAAUUGUAUGAACUUGGCAUUUUUACAAUGUGAAAAUCUGUUGGACAGUGACUGCCUUGAAAACUAUUAUGAAAUUUUGAGAGCAUGUUUAUAUCAUUAUUAAUGUUCAUGUUGCUAUAUACUUGCACCUUUAGUAUCUGUGUUUUGGCCCUCUAUUUCACAACCUUGUAAUGCUCUGCUGUUGAGAAAGGUAAGCAAAACGUAACUUGUCAAAUUCUGAUAACAGUUGAACUGAUUUCUGUAGCAAUCUGGGUUACCUGUCUUUAUUGUCCUUUUAUCUUUUCCCAUUCACCAAUAUUCUCAGUGGCAUCUGAACUUAGACCGACAUGCAAAUCCCAGACACCUUCGUAACUCUGUCCCAAAACCAAGGCAAUGUAAUCUUAUUUGCACUUAAUUUCUUUUACAUCUGAUAACCUGGAGUUUCAUAACAGAUUGUAUCCUGUUGUUCUGAUGGAUUAAUCUUAAGAUCUGUUUAUAAGAGCAAUUUGACUUGUGCAAUUUACUGAACAUUGAUUGUGAUCCUGGCAGCUCAGUAGUGUGUGAAUGUGGAUCACCAGAAGCUUGUACACCUUUGUCUUUGUCUAUUGUGACACCAGUGAAGAAAACUUGACCAAAUGAGUCCUUCAUCACUUUUUAUUUUAAAAUAAUUUUGUCCCUAGAACAUAAUUUGAUGUUAAGACUUGAGGUUUUUCAAUUAGGUUGCAUUCCAAACCAGCCCAGCUGAAGCUGGUUCAAAUUGUAUCAAGAUUUAUUUUUGGUUUCAUGUCCAUCUUUGCUAGAGUGAUGCAUUUGUGAAUAGACCCCUCUGUUGUACAUCCACAUGUUGCUACUGCUGAUGUAUACAUUGUUACCCUUGCAAAUUGAUGCUUGCUCCCAUUUUGUCUUAUCAGCUAUGUUAUGGCACACUGUUCACACUUUCAGUAUAGCCAUAGGUUCUCCUUUUUUAAAAAAAAAGCAAAUGGACAUAGCAAAUGUUCAUGUAAGCUAUCAAACUUGGCAUUCAUGAUAUGAAAUGCUACAGUUUCUCAGGAUAUCCUUGGUGAAAAUGAGUUUUUAAAAAUAAGACCGCUUUAAAUUCUGUCAUGGUGUAGUUUCUUCCACUGGAUCCAAUGCUCAAUGAAACAGUCAACUUUGUUAAGUUCUGUAUUGAAAAUUUAAUUUCAUCUAUAAACAGUUAAGCAGAAGAGUUGAGAACUACAUCAGGCAAUUGGAUUUGAGCAUGGUUUGGAAGCUUAAUUUCUAUGCAAUUUUACACCAUUGCCCAAUGGAAAUGCUGAUGUGAAAUUUGCAAUACUAAAAUCAACUUUUAAAUGAAAACAUUUCCUAUUAUCCUGUUGGUUCUAAAAGGCCAAACCCAAUCUUUCUUUGACAAACUUAUUGAGACUGUCAAGUCUGAUUUAAUCAAAUUAUUGCAGAUCCUUGGCCCAACCAGUUUAAACUUUGAGGUUUUUUAUUUGCACUUUCACUGAGCUACAAAACAAGUAUGAGGUUUCAUUAACCUUGCUAGAAAUUUGAAAACUAAUGGUUCCUGAGCAGCUCAUUCUGCAGUUACUUUAGUGCAGAGUAUUUGUUCUGCAUGUUGGAGUCUCAAUUACCUUGUUUAACUGAGGUUCCAAUUUUUGGAAGAAUGUUGCAUUAUUUGAUAAAAUUAGCAACACUUUUUUUCUGAAUGGCUAGUUUCCAUAUUGUUAUGAUUGUUAUACCGUUCUAGGUAUUUGCAACAUUUUAACAACUAGGUUACCCAUAGAAGAUCAUUUCUAACUUUUGUAGUUAAUACCCAAAUUAUAUAAAACCUCUACCCUUAAAAUCAAUGAGUUUGUUAUAUUAUAGGAAGGCAUUUUGAUACAAUUAGUGCAUCUAGAUGAAAAAUUAUUCAUGUAUAUCUUUAGAAGUC